AUGGGCCUCAGGGGAAGGCCGUCGUCGCUGUGGGUAGCAGAGGGGCCUAAUUGCACAAACCUUGCACAGCAGCAACACUAUGGGGACCCCAAGGCGAUUCCACCUCAACGGCGUCUUUGGCGGUUUCGCUCAGUGUUGUUCUUGCUGCUGCUAUUCCAGUUUUCCCCCCUCAGUGCCUACGCUUUAAGGUUGUUGCCCAGCCUUCCACUAUCCCAAGAUGCAGGGAAAUACCUCGUGAUUGUUGCAGGAGCAGGCAGCUGCCGGGCAAAUGUCCCCAGGUGGCGUUGCGACUUCACCAGGGGCACCAUUGUACAACGUGACCUUCGGAUGGCCCUUCCGUCUUUCCUGACCUCUGCAUGCAUUGAAGACCAUUUUGCCCCGAAUUCAGGAAACCAAAGCAACACCAGCAGCCUUAGGCCGACGAACAUCAAAAGAAGCGCUGGCGAUGCAGCCAGCUAUUCAGAUAGCACUCUUAGCAGUGCACGCAACAGCAAUGACUCCAGCAGCCGCAACAGUAACUCCCACGCUUUUUCCUCCACUGUCUUGCUCCCACGUUCGUCGUUGCGCCAUCGUGGACCCAUAUGGAAGUCCGAACUGGCGGUGCAACGGUUGUGGCAGCGGCACGACACGUACAACCAGCUACUCCUACAAAUUUGGUGCAUGAACAAAUGCUUACAGCACUUUAAGGGCCAGAACAGCAUGGCUAUUAGCAGUAGCAAGAAAGGGCGCAGUCCAUCAGAUGAAAUUCUCGACACCCUUGGAUUUGCUUUAACUCCGCCGAGCGGCAGUAGCAGCAGCAGUGACAGCACCAUGCUGUUAUUGGACGGUCCUCCCUAUGCUAACGGGGAGCCCCAUAUGGGCCACGCAGUUAAUAAAUGCUUGAAAGAUUUUGCUGUCAGAGCAGCACUGUUACAGCGCCGUUGUUGCCACAUGCUGCCAGGCUGGGACUGUCACGGAUUGCCCAUAGAGCUUCGAGCAGCAGCGUAUACUGCUGCUCCCACAACGCACGAUGCAACCGCAUCAACAGCAGAAGCAGAUACGGCUGAAGCAACAGGGUCUAUCCAGGUAGUACCGAGCACAGGUGAGACCAUCAUUGAGCACAACAGCAGCACCAGCAUUACAGGAAAAGGCGACCACUGCACAGGCCUCAGUGGUGGUGAUGGAUCCAAAGAGUUGCGCAGCAGAGCUCGCCAAGUUGCUCUUCAUUUUGCUGCGCUUCAGAGAAAGGCAUUUCAGCGUUUGAGCACAGUUUCAGACAGCGAGGUCGUGCUGAAGCCUACAUCCAGAAACCAUCUCUACUUCAAGUUGUUGAUGACGGGACCUCGUCCAGUCUCGGAGGACGCCAAGCCCUUCUAUAUCGAAAAGGAAAUCCCCUGGUUCUUUGUCGCCUGGACGACCACGCCGUUCACAAUACCCGCAAACAGGGCUCUUGCUCUCUCUGCUGCAACGCAGUACGCGGUCUUGAGGGCAUCACCGAAAGGAUCGCAAGGAGAUGAGGAAAUAUGGAUAGUUGGGGAGAAGUGUGUAGCCCCUCUUUUAGAAGCUCUUCAGGGUGCAGGGAAGUCCUGGAAUGUGCACCCGAUAGGCAAGCUCCCGGGGAGCCGUCUCCAGGGUCUAAGGUACGCUCAUCCUGUUGCGAGCAGAGUGACUUGCCCCGUUCUGUUGGAUCCCAUUGUUGGUGAUGACAAAGGAACCUCCAUUCUUCACGUGGCCCCCGCGCACUCCCAAGAAGAUUAUCGCCUUUGUGAGCGAGCCUGUCAGGGACCCGGCCUCUUAGUUCAACAAGCAACGGAUCCCACGACUGAAACGCAUGUGCCUUUGAUCCCCGCUUUGGGAGAGGAAGCAGCAGCAGUCGCUGUGGGAGCUCCGCUUCUCUGCCCUGUGGGACCCCAAGGAACCUUCUUGGGAGGCAGCGGUAGUGAGCCGUUUAAAGGUCUUGAAGCCAUGAGCGAUGGAGAACAGUGUAUUAUCGAAUAUUUGCACAGCAAUAAAUCUCUACUGCUAAAUCAAAAGGUUGUGCUGCCAUUCCCGCAUGACGAACGCCGCGGGUGUCCUGUGCUGCUGCGCGCGACUCCCCAGCUGCACUUCCAUGUGCUUGGCCUUCUACCAGAGGUCUUCCGGGACUUGCAGCACAUCAGGUGGCUGCCCUGCCGACGCAAUCCGAAGCAGCAGCAGAAGCACAGCAGAUCAUCUGCGGAUGUACUCCAGGCUCUCACGCCGACUCAGGAAGAGCAGUGUAAAUCUGCCCCAACUGCUGUGGGGCCAGCAACAAGUUCCUCUCCUGGAUAUGAACGCAUGCGUGCUGCAUUGAAGACGAGGCCGCCAACGUGGUGCCUCUCUCGGCAAAGACAGUGGGGCCUUCCAAUCCCUCUUGUGGAGCAGCAUGAAGUACACGUUGAUGCUACUCAUCGUGAAAAAGCACAGAUGCAGGGACUUGCGGAAGAAAGAAGGUGGAUAAAUAUGCAUCUUGACAAUGACCUAUUGCUGUACUCCGAGUCCUCUGAAGCGGCCACCGAUGGGAAAGAAGGCCUUCUUCAGAUGCUGAGGAAGCGAAGGUGGUGUGAGGUUACAUUUGACGUUUGGUUCGAUGCCGCUUCCGCAUGGCUUAAGGGCCACAAGUUCAUCCAGAAAUGGGCAUCGGAUGCCAACAGCUUCCUUACCAAGUAUUUUCCCAAGUUGCACCGGCGACGGCAACCACACGAUGAGCAUUACCAACAGGAGAGGCACUUGCGUACACUUCAGCGGGAAGGGCUGCAAUCGUCGCAGACAACAAAGGAACUGUUAUCCGAGGGAGUGAAUGAGAAAUAUUCAUGCUUAGUAGUAGAGGGCACAGACCAGAGUAGGGGAUGGUUCCAAAGUCUUUUGCUGUCCCACGCAGGCGCCAGGGAGGGUCUCCGCCGUCAGCGGGCCCAACGGCUGAGGCCUGGCGCCCUGCAGCCCAACGGCCAGAGCUGCAUGCAUGAAGCCACUGAGCAGGUGACAGAGACAUGCGGAGCAGCAGGGGCCCAGGCAUGCCUCCGCGGGGACCUACAACAAGCAACUGAGGCCCUGGAUGAUGCAGGAUUGCCUCAACUUCCAGUCAACGUGGUGAUUACCCAUGGUUUUGUCGUGGACUCCAGUGGCAACAAACUGAGCAAGUCGAAGGGAAAUGCUCUCUCUCCAGACAUCUUCUUCUCCGCCGAAAAGGACAUGGCAGCAGUUACGGCGGGGAAGCCACCCCAUGCACACAGCGAUUCCUCUACACAACAGCUGCAAGGCGCGCAUCGUGUAAGGAAGCAGCGGAAAGAUGCCCAACUGACGUUUGGCGCGGAUGUGUUGCGUUUGUUUGUGAGUUCCCUUGAUUGUGGAGGAGACAUGGCGUGUCCUUCUGGAGAUUCCGAGGAGCACCGCCAGGACAAACACACAGCAGUGCACGCAGCCAGUGCUACGUAUGUCAAAUUUAGAAACGCAUUCAAGUACCUCGUUGGCUCUCUCCAUGACUUCGAUAUCAAUGCGGACGCAGUCCCCGUGGAUAAACUACCCCUCUUUGACAUAGGGAUGCUGCUGAGGUUACAGGCAUUAGCAGGAGAUGUAGGAAAGGCCUACGAUAUCUUCCAGCACAACAAGGCUUUACGCUUGCUGCUUCGGUUCAUCUCCGAGGACUUGUCAGCCACAUUUAUUGAAGUGGCAAAGGAUAGACUUUACGUUGACCAUCCUAAUGGCUACCGCAGACGCAGUUGCCAGACAGUCCUUGUUAUGGUGCUGCUAGUACUGACACAGCUCGUAUCUCCUCUGACUCCUCAUCUGGCUGAAGAGGUUUUUUUCAGAAUGCCCAGGACUCUCAGGGAAGCGCUUGCUGUACACCGUAGUAGCAAGAUCUUGGAGGCCUUGGGCCCAGAAGGCGAAAGGUUUGCGAAUGUACUCGGUCUUUGCGGACCACUGACGUCUGCGUUUCAAGUAGGGUGGCCUCGCAUGCGCCUGUCUGCACAGCCCGCCAUUGUGCAGGAGGCGGAGCAGUUGUGGGGUCUGCUGCUGCUGUUGCGCCAAGACAUGCACGCUCUUUUUACCAGGGCGCGGCAGCUCCAGAACGCCAUCCCCGGGAGGGUAUCACGAGUUGGCUCCCUGAAUGAUCUGAAGCUGAGUAUUACGGCUCCGACGAAAGCGAUAUUCGAUCAGUUACAGCGAUUGUUGCCAAAGUCUAAGCUUCUAAGGCCAGCACCAUUUUCUACGCCAUUCCCGGGCCAACAAGAAGCAAACGCAAUGCGUUCUUACGUCGAUGAUCUCCGUUGGCUAAUCCAGUGUUCCGACGUUGAAAUUCGUACGCCUAGGAUUUCUGGCGGGGUUCCAAAGCAAGAGCAACUUGCAGAGGAGGCUAUUUUAGCUUCUGUGGACGGCAGUGCUUCGAAUUCGGGUUUGGAUAUGAAGCUGUACAGUGCGCAGGGGCAGAGAUGCCAGAGGUGCUGGAUGCGGGUUGUACCAUCAACCAGUGACGCUUCAGUGGCUCAAAGCCCUGAAGACGCUUCACAGAAAGCCGAAGGAAAUGCGUCAGCAGGGACGGAUGACAUUCCGGAAGCGACACAGGAAUCUCCGUUUGCGUGCGAGAGGUGUACUGAUGUCAUGCGACACAUCCACAGCAAAACGUGA